AUUUCUGAAUGAAGGAUGAAGUGUUGUGUGUUCCCUCCUCAGGCGGAGAAGCACCACCCGGCGCUGGUGAAGGUGCUGUGUUCAGAGCUGGGCGUCGAGCCUGAAGCCCUGCUGGACUUUGACCUCUGUCUGGCCGACACUCAGCCUGCGGCGCUGGGAGGCGUGUACGAGGAGUUCAUUUACUCUCCUCGUCUGGACAACCUCCACAGCAGCUACUGCGCCCUGCAGGGGCUGAUGGAGUCCUGCUCUGGAGACUCUCUGGCCACAGAUCCCAACAUCCGCAUGAUCACCCUGUACGACAACGAAGAGGUGGGAUCAGAGAGCGCUCAGGGUGCUCAGUCCAACCUGACGGAGCUCAUCCUCAGCCGCCUCUCCGCCUCCGCCUCCAACCUCACCGCCUUCCAGCAGGCUGUGCCGCUCUCCUUCAUGAUCAGCGCCGACAUGGCGCACGCCGUGCACCCCAACUACCCGGAGAAGCAUGAGGAGAACCAUCGUCCUACUUUCCACAAGGUGAAGACACCUGCUUGUUCAUUCAUUUAAAAUUGAAAAAG